UACAUCCAAAACCGCAGUGGAAAGGAAAAUUAUAAAUAAACGUUGGGCAGUCUUUUGUAUAAAAUUGCGCGUUUUCGCAUGUUUUGUGGUAUUUUAACGAUUACGGUAGCUUGCAUUUGUUCUUUCAAGUGAAAUCAAAAGUCAGUGCCAAAAUGGUAGUUGCUAAAAAGUGGAUUUACGCUAAAUCGUUUACCGGCUAUCCAACGGACGAAAAUUUUCGUCUGGAAGAGGAGACGCUAGCCGACGUUAAAGAAAAUGAAUUCCUCGCCGAAGCCAUCUUCCUGAGCGUGGAUCCUUACAUGCGUCCGUACAUGCUCCAGUAUCCGAUCGGUUCGACAAUGAUCGGCGGUCAGGUGGCCAAAGUGGUGGAGAGUAAAAAUGCGAAAUUCCCUGUCGGCGCUUACGUACACGGAAAUUUCGGCUGGCGGACGCACACCGUGUGCAACCCGAAUAAAGGUGAUCCCAACUCACCACCAUACGUUUUGCCGGAUUUCGGUCAGGAGCCACUUUCGCUCGGACUGGGUAUGCUUGGAAUGCCAGGAAAUACGGCGUAUUUUGGAUUUUUGGAGAUUUGUCAGCCCAAGCAGGGUGAGACGGUGGUGGUUAGUGGAGCAGCGGGAGCCGUUGGUAGUAUUGUUGGUCAGAUUGCCAAAAUUAAGGGGUGUACCGUGAUCGGAAUCGCCGGCUCGGAUGAGAAGUGCGACUGGAUUAAGACGAUUGGGUUUGAUCAUGCCAUUAAUUACAAGACGGCGGAUAUUGAUGCCGAGCUGAAGAAAGCGGCUCCCAAGGGAGUCGAUUGCUAUUUUGAUAAUGUGGGCGGUAAAAUCACCGAGAUUGUUCGGGGUCAGAUGAACACGCUUGGAAGGAUUUCUGUUUGCGGGACGGUUUCUUGCUACAACCAGAAUAAGGCUAUGGUUUCUGAUCCCCAGCGGGACUUUGUUUGGAAGCAACUUAAGCAGCAGGGAUUUCUGGUGUGGCAAUGGACGGAACGUUGGCUGGAGGGUAUUCAGCAGAAUUUUAAAUGGAUACAGGAGGGUAAGCUGAAGUAUCGGGAAACGGUGACCGAAGGGUUCGAAAAUAUGCCGAAGGCAUUCGUCGGUAUGCUGAAGGGGGAGAAUUUUGGGAAGGCUGUUGUUAAAGUAUGAUUAAUUACAUAUCAAGUU